UUUAAAUAUAAAUGAUAUAAAAUUAAAUGUUAUCUACAAUAUCAUGAAUGAAAUAAGCACAUCAAAUGUAAUUCUGACUUCUGAUUACCUCUUGUUAAACGGAGGUUUGAUGAUAAAUACUUCUUAAUUUAAUUAAGUUUUUUGAUGAAAUUCGUGUUUAUUGUAAUUAAAUUUGGCAUUGAAUUAUUCUACGAAUAGAAAGUGGUGUCUCGAAAAAUUAUAGAUACAAAGGAUUUAAAUUGAAACAGUUGAUCGGCAUGGGUCCACUAUGUAAAUAUGCUAUCCAUUCAUGUAUGAAAUUGCAUUGAAUUCCCGCACUGAAUGGAUAAUUACUAUCUUCAUUACAAAUGUAGUCUUUGUGUCUUAUUCAAUCAUAAAUAUGACCACAAAUUUCUUAAACACUAUAACAAGUGCUAUUGAAAAUAGGGAGGAGGAAUUAAAAAAAAGGAAAGAAAAUGCUAAGCUAAUUCUUAAAGACUUUAUUCUUUGUAUUGAAAACUGUCAAAGUCGCUUUGGAGGAAAAUCUGAAUUAGCUACAGAAGAUGAUAUAAGAAUAGUCAACCUUUGUGAAAAGUGGGAAAAAGUUCUAAGCCACGGUUUAAGGACAAACUUGUCUAACUAUACUUUACAGAAUUUUGUUACCGCUGGCCUGAAUUUCAAUUUUAACAUUAUUAAUGUUGGUAAUUCACUAUGGAGCUAUUCUUGUCUGCACUUAACAAAACAUGAGAAAGAAAGAUUCAAAAUUUUAACAAAUAUAAACACUCCUUUAGGUUACUUUCGAAGUUUCCUAAGAGCUGCUUUAAAUGAAAGAUCUUUAGAAAGAUAUCUACAAAGUUGGAUUUGUCAUGGACUUUUAUUGGAAUAUUAUGAUGAUGGAGCUAUUGUUCGUAGUGAAGAAGCAAACCUACUUCCCAAUAUGGCCGCAGGGUUAUCAACAGUUUUAUUUGCGUUAUCUAUCGACAGAGCCGAGUUGAAUGAUUCACAGAACAAUAGCCAUAUGACCAAAGCGGAACUCGUUAUACCUCUACCCACACCAGUGAAACCGUCUCAUACAAAAAGAAAACCAUUGAGACAAGUGAUAUCUUUCGACAAAGAGAGUAAAAAUAAGGGUGAAACGCCGACUAAAAGCCCCCCAAUAGAUGGCGCGGCCGAGUCGUGGAACAGCGCUCCAGCCACCUGCUUAAACUCUCCUGACCCUCAAAUGGCACUGCCCACAGCAUCGACAAGUGAACCGACGAGCUCGGAUUAUAAAACUGGCAUUCGACACUUCUUCCCAGAUGGAGUUAAAUCUAUAGAGAGCCCCUUACAGAUACUAUCAAAGCUAUCGGAGAGCGCGAAGGAGAUCUUCAUGAGUUCAACUAGUAUUGAGAAGAAUCGUGAUGAUUCAUCAGAUUUAAGCGUGAAUUGUUUGAAGAUAUAUGAAAGUGAUAGUGAGGAAGUGGGUGGUAGUAUAGACGGAAGCACUUCGUGCUUGGAGCUCUGUUUUACAGAGGACGAGAGUGUUCCCGAUGAGAAGACACUGGAUUCUGUGUUGAAAUGUAGAGAAAAGGAAUUCCUAAGCUUACAACUCAAGUAUAACCAAAUCGAACAUACAAGUAAGGAUAAAAUACAGAAGCUGGAAAAAGUUGUGUUAGAUCUUAGCAGAGAAAACGACAAACUAAAAGAACAACUGAGGAACUAUAUGUCAGCAGUGGAAAUGGGAAAAGCAAUGAAAACUAGUAAUGGAGAGGAUGAAGAAAUAACACAGUAUGAACGAAAAUUAGUUCAGGUAGCAGAGAUGCAUGCUGAAUUAAUGGAAUUCAACCAACAUCUACAAAGACGAUUGCAAGACUUGGAGAGUACAGGACUGGAAAUUCUGGACUGUCCGGAAUCAAAUGUCAAAGUGUACAUCCCCAGUGCUUUCCUCGUUGGGAAGAAAACCCAUUCCUACCAUGUUUAUCAGAUAUUCCUGAAAGUAGGCCAGGAAGAAUGGAAUGUGUACCACAGAUACGCGAAGUUCUAUGAAAUGCAUACGCAACUCAAGAAAUGUCAUCCCGAUAUCGCUAAUUACAAGUUCCCACCGAAAAAGACCUUACGAAAAAGGGACGCGAGAGUGGUUGAACAGCGUCGCAUCGCACUUCAAGCGUACUUACGUCACGUGUUGCUCGUGUUACCAGAGCUCAGAGAGUGCACGAGUCGUUCACAGCUCAUCACUCUUCUACCGUUCUUUGGUACAUCAUCGACAAUUAAGGAGAACGGUGUUAAUAUCUUCACCCGACAACAUUCCAACGAGUCGGCGUCUACUUACGACCCGAUAUGAUCAUUGUCAUUUAUCACAUAAUGUCUAUGCUUGAAAACGAAAUGCACUGUCGAGGCUUUGCUUACUUUUUCUCAAAAGAGGGGUGGGGGGGUUAAACUACAGUAAAUCUGCUUACGUCAAGCCUUUGAAGCCAUGGAUUCGGCACGCUAAUGACAAUUGUCAGUACAUGAUUUGACCUUGACUUGGAAACUAAAUUGUAAGAUAGAGAUCGUAUUUUUGUAAAUAGGUUAAUAGGGACCGAGUGGAUUAUUAGAUAUAAAGAGUUAUAAUGAUCUUAGAUCCGAAUAGGAAGCCGUUAAUUUUGAUUGAAAAUAACAAAUUCAAUGAAUAUUUAUAUAUUUAUUGAAUUUGUUAUUAUUAAAAUAGGUUGUAUAUAUUUUGAGUUGAUUUAAAUUCGGAUUUCAAGGGGCGGCUAGGUUACGCAGUAGAAAAUGUAUGCUGAAUUAUUUGAGAUACACACUUUAGCAAACAGUUAAUUUAAAUUUUAGCCUGUAUACAGAUGUGUGAAGGUUCAAGGGCAGAUCUAGAAUUAACGGAACGGGAGGAUGACAGUCAGUUUAAUUAUAUAAUGUACCAGUAAAAUGACCAAAUUAUCGGUUUAUUACAGAAUCUGUGAAUAUCCUUGUUUAACAGUACUACUUAACCCUUUGCUAUGCAGCAAACUCUGCCCAGAGUCAGAAUCUUAAUCCCCCAUGGUUUCUAAAAGGUGGGAUUUUAUUUUUCUUAGUUUAAAUAGCAGUACUCUUCGUACGUUAAACUAGCCUUUAACCAAUGAGCAAUUACGUAUAAAACAAGUCCAUAUGUAUUCAGUCAUUCAGAGUUAACUGGCAACAAUAAAAUAGCCAUUAGAAAUAUAAGAUUCGCUUAGAUUUUUAACAGUGUGAUAGUUAUACGUUAUGUAGAGUAGCUAAUUUAUAAAUUAGAAAAAACCUUUUUUACGUGUCAACAUUGUUUUAUUUAAGUAACAUUUUAUUUUGGUUCAUUAAAUUAAAUUAAUAACUGUUAAAUCUAUACUUAUAUUACAAAGCUGAAGAGUGUUGAGUUGAAUGCACUAAUUUAAGUUAAAAAAAAUUUGUUUGCGUAAAUUAUUUAUGGAGAAAUGCUAUACCGAAUUAACACGCGUAAAUUCACAAGACAGCACUACUAUAUUUAUAAUUAUUAUAUUACAUUAUUUUAUA